AAAAAUUGGUCCAACACCAUUCGGUGAGUCGAGCAGAUCGGAGCUCUGCUGGCCCUGCUGGCCCUGCUGGCCCUGGUCUGGGGUUGGCUGCCCCGGUAUAAGCUUUCAACUUCCAAGCUCGCCCGGUCAACACCACGACUUUCCUCCUUUACCACUUCCUCUCCAGCUUCUCAAUCCCCCUCCCUCCCCGUCCCGUGUUCCCCAUCUCCACUCAGAACAGCCCUCAAACAUGUCUGCCAGAGGUUUCUCUUCGGCCCUGCGGCCUGCCGCCCGUCAAUUGACCAAGAACACGGCCCAGAGGCGCACCUUUGUCGCUGCCCUGAACGCCGCCUCGCGCACCUCUGCCGUCGCCCGCCCUGCUCUGGCCAGCCCCAUCCAGCAGCAGAUCCGUGGUGUCAAGACCGUGGACUUUGCCGGCCACAAGGAGACCGUCUACGAGCGCGAUGACUGGCCCAAGGAGAAGCUCCUGGACUACUUCAAGAACGACACCCUCGCCCUGAUCGGCUACGGCUCCCAGGGCCACGGCCAGGGCCUCAACCUCCGUGACAACGGCCUGAACGUCAUCAUCGGUGUCCGAAAGAACGGCAAGUCCUGGAAGGACGCCAUCCAGGAUGGCUGGGUCCCCGGCAAGAACCUGUUCGAGGUCGACGAGGCCAUCUCCAAGGGCACCAUCAUCAUGAACCUGCUGUCCGAUGCUGCCCAGUCCGAGACCUGGCCCCACCUGAAGCCUCAGAUCACCAAGGGAAAGACCCUGUACUUCUCCCACGGCUUCUCCCCCGUCUUCAAGGACCUGACCAAGGUCGACGUCCCCACGGAUGUCGACGUCAUCCUCGUCGCCCCCAAGGGCUCCGGCCGCACCGUGCGCUCCCUGUUCCGCGAGGGCCGCGGCAUCAACUCGUCCAUCGCCGUCUACCAGGACGUCACCGGCAAGGCCGAGGAGAAGGCCAUCGCCAUGGGCGUCGCCGUCGGCUCGGGGUACCUGUACAAGACCACCUUCGAGAAGGAGGUGUACUCUGACCUGUACGGCGAGCGCGGCUGCCUGAUGGGCGGCAUCCACGGCAUGUUCCUGGCGCAGUACGAGGUGCUGCGCGAGAACGGCCACUCCCCCAGCGAGGCCUUCAACGAGACGGUCGAGGAGGCCACGCAGUCGCUGUACCCCCUGAUCGGCGCCAACGGCAUGGACUGGAUGUACGAGGCCUGCUCCACCACCGCCCGCCGCGGCGCCAUCGACUGGUCGCCCCGCUUCAAGGACGCCCUCAAGCCCGUCUUCAACGACCUGUACGAGUCCGUCCGCAACGGCUCCGAGACCAAGCGCUCCCUCGACUACAACGGCCAGGCCGACUACCGUGAGAAGUACGAGGCCGAGAUGGAGGAGAUCCGCAACCUGGAGAUCUGGCGCGCCGGCAAGGCCGUCCGCUCCCUGCGUCCCGAGAACCAGAAGUAAGGUGGAAGAUGACAUCUGUCUGUCCAUCCGUCCUGCUUUGUUAGUUCAAAAUAUAGGGGAGGGGAGUCUCGAGCGGUCGAGGGCUUGUUGAUGAUCGACCGGCCAGCUCGGCUUGUCUAUUUACUUUUAGACAUGGUUCUGGAAAAACUUUCCUAGGUCACGGGGAAAUGUGCGCGUGCGUGUUUGCGCGGGCAAGGGACAAAAAGUCUGGGGAUUGUGUAUUUUAUAUCCAAUUUUGAUAUUUUUUUUUCUCCGUGAAAAUACCUCUUUUCGUUCCUGGAACUUUUUCGGACUGGAGAAAAGUAAAUCGUAUGUAUUGUGGUUUGUACAAUCCCAUCCGUCUUUGCGUUGGCCCCCUCA